AUGUUCUUGUUCUGGUUGAGGAAAGCAAGAAUGCGGCCUGCGAAGGAGGAUGCACCAUGCAGGGCGAAACAAGCAAUUGAUUUGGUUUCAGCUAUCAAAGAGUUACAUACACUAAGUUCUCAAGAGCUUAGCAAGUUAAUUAGGGAUGCAGACAAUGAUACUAUUCAAUGGACUACCAGCACUGGAUCAUCAAAUCAGAUCGAUGUGGAAGCCCUAGCAAGAAAUUUUGUGAUUCACCUAAUUGCAAAACUUUUGUCUUCUAAGAGAGAUGAAGAACUCUUCAGAUACUUGUUAGGUGGUAUUCGACUGUUACAUUCCCUGUGUGAUCUUGCACCCCGCAACAACAAACUUGAACAGAUUUUGCUUGAUGAUCUGAAAAUAUCUGAACAGAUGCUUGAUUUGAUCUUUUACCUAAUCACUGUUCUUGCUAGCUUUAAAAAGGAAAGUCAACUUGCUCUGGUGCAUUCAGCACUGUUGGCCUGCAGUCUGUAUCUGUUAACAGCCUUUAUUUCUUCACAAUGGAAUGAACUUGCACUAGUCCUUCUUGCACACCCUAAGGUUGAUAUAUUUUUGCCUGUAGCUUUUGCUGCUGUCCACGUAGACAUUCAGUUUCUUCAAGUGAGGUUGUCUCAGUUUACUGAUACUGGCAUGCGGUCAAAUCUUGCUGAAGUCAACCGUCUGUGUCAGCAUUGUGAAGCUUCACUUCAAUUUCUUCAGUCACUUUGCCAACAAAGAUUCUUUCGUGAGCGCCUCGUUAAAAAUAAGGAACUAUGUGGAGAAGGUGGCAUACUUUUAUUGGCUCAUGACAUCAUGAAAUUACCAUUCUGUGAAGAAUCGUAUCUUAUGGCUGUUGUUUCCAGGCUAAAGUCAAAAGUCUUGUCUAUUCUACUGCAUCUUUGUGAAGUAGAAAGCGUCUCUUUCUUGGAUGUGGCUGCCAGCACUACUGCGGGUUUGACUUUAGCAAAGUCAACUAUAUUCCAGGUUCUUGAAUUGUUGAAGACAAUGUUUCGUGGAGAUCUGAAUGGGCUUGCUGCUUUCUCUGACAAAACCUAUCCACGUGGACUUCUGCAACUUAAUGCAAUGCGAUUAACAGACAUUCUCUCUGAUGAUUCUAACUUUAGAUCUUACAUCACCAUGAACUUUACUGAAGUUCUGACAACAAUAUUUUUGCUACCACAUGCGGAGUUCCUGUCUAGUUGGUGUUCCUCUGAGUCUCGGCUUUCUGAAGAAGAUGCAACUCUGGAUUAUGAUUCGUUGGCAGCAGCCGGAUGGGUUUUGGGUGUGCUGACAUCAUCAGAUGUUCCGGAAUCUACUUUUAAUGCGUGUCGUGUUUCUCGGACUUCUUAUGCGUUUCAGAGAACAUCUUUACUUGUUAAAGUUGUAGCAAAUCUCACUUGUUUUAUUCCGGAUUUAUGUAAAGAGGAGAAGGAUCUCUUCCUGAAUACAUUCCUGCAGUGCUUGCAGAAGGAAAUUCCUAAUUUACCGUAUGGAGUUUCAAAUGAUGCUGGAGCUGAAAAGGCUGCUGUUAUUAGCCAAAACCUGCGUUCCCUAUUGGUUCAUGCAGAAUCAUUAAUUCCUGGAUUCCUUAAUCAGGAUGAUGUACAGCUGUUUAGGGUAUUCAUUUCUCAGCUGGAUCCACUAAUUACUCCAGAAUCCAAUAUCGACAAAACCGAAGAGGGUAACGCUGGGAAUCAAGGAUCUCCAAAUCCACAUGGAAACGAGAACAAGGGCGUUUCGGACAAUUCAGUUGUGGAAGAACUGAACCAGGUUUUUCAUGAAAGCGAAGGAGAUGGUCAGAACAUUGAAACAAAUGGAUUGGAUUCAAAUGGCAUGGCAAGUGAGGAAAAACAGCUGAGAAAAAGGAAACGCAACAUAAUGAAUCACAUGCAAGUAACCAUGAUUGAACAAGCUUUACAGAAUGAGCCUGACAUGCAGAGGAAAGCUGCCUCAAUUCAAAUAUGGGCUGAUAAACUUAGUCUUCAUGGUUCUGAGAUUUCUGCCUCGCAGCUCAAGAAUUGGUUGAAUAACCGGAAGGCGAAGCUAGCGCGUGCAGCUGCUAAGGAUGCGCGUGUGGCUUCAGGCGGGGAGAAGCAAGGUGGGGGGUCAGGAACGGACCCGGUUUCCGACACGCCGGAGAGUCCUGAUGAGUUCUUUGACCAGGCUCCAUCUGGUUCUGGUGGUCAAGGUCAAGGAAGUCAACACAACAGAAACUUGGAAGCCCAAUAUGUUAUGCAUACAGAUGGAGAAAGUGGUGUUGGUGUUGGUGUUGGUGUGCAUCAAGCGAGUGGGACCGGGAACUGGGGGGGAAACAACCUUGAUCAUGAUGAACAGCAGCAAAACCCUAGAUGAGUGGAGUUGAGGUAUAUAAGAUACAAGUUUGGUUUCUGCAUAUAUGAUAAUGAUAUAUACACCCCUGGUUUUGGUUGGUGUUGUUUAAAAAACUUUGGGAUCCCUGGUGGGAGUAGGUAGACUGUAGACGAUAUAUGUGCCUUUACAGCUAAUGACUACAUCGGUUUAUCCGUUUUACAAGUUUCUUUUUCUUUUUGUGCAUGUUUUCCUUUUUCACUUGAUGCAUUAAGAACCGUUUAAUACACAAGAUUAGAGAAAUGAGGCUUUCCGCAUUAAGAAAGACCACUUUUUUCAUUAAUCACAAAAAUUGACCGAUCAAUUUUUUAAGCUAGCUUUAUUUUUUUUAGCUUAUUGUAAUAUAGUGUUUGGGGAGACCACUAAAAUAGCUUGCUAGUUUUUUAAAAACCAUUUGAGAUGAUUAUUCAUACGCUUCUAAGGCUUUUCCACAAAUUUUCUGUAUGCUCAAAUUUUAUUAAAAUUUUCUUUUUUAAAAUUUAAAGCUAUCUUUACAAUUUAAAAAAAAAAAAAAACAUUUUUUACAGCUUUUUUUUUUUUUUUUUUUUAUUUUUUUUUAUUUUUUU